AUGGAGCCAGUGCCUCCAGAUCCAAAGCGUCAGCGACUGAAUCCACCGCAGUGGCCGCCGUCUUCUCACGGAGUAUCGCUGUCGCUGCCGCCGCUGCGCAAGGCAAGCUCUAGCAGCCAUCAUCACGCGUCGCAGCCGCAGCCGCAACCGCCGCCGCCGCCGCCGCCGCCGCCGCCGACAUAUCAUCCUUCGCCGACCGCCUACGCGCCUGCUCCUCCUCACCCUCGACCUAUCGAGCAGCUCCAGCAGCAUCAGCAGCAUCAGCAGCAUCAGCAGCAUCAGCAGCAGCAGCAGCAGCAGCAGCUCCAGCAGCAGCACCCUCCUCCUCCGCCGCCUCAUUCAGCUUCCUCCUCCUCGGCUCCGCCCACUCCCAUCCAUCCGGGGCCGCCGCCCCCCCAUCCAUACCCCGACGCAGACCGACGACAACAUGAUCACGAGCCCUGUGGUCUAAUGCAACAUCAAGAUCACCACCACCACUACUCACACCAGGCUCAGCCUCCUCCACAGUCGCACCAUCAGCAGCAGCAACAGCACCCGGCUGGCCCCCCCGCUCCGCCCAUCUCGCCAGCUCAACCGCCCUACCCUCCCCACGUUGACACGUCCAUGGUGAAGAGGGAGCUCGAAGACUCUCAUCGGCAGAAUAACCCUACCUCCGCAGCAGCACAUUCCGCCGCCGUGCGCCACCCCUCCGAAGCGAACCCUCCCCCCCCCCAGACCGUGACGUCCUCGGCACCGCCGCCUCACCCGUCAGCGCCUCACCACCCGACCUCGUUCGCUGGCCCUCCUCCUGCGCCCCAGCCGUACCCCGACCACCCUCCUCCCCAGUCGCGACACAUGAGUUACGACAAUGGCCACUCCGUUCCGCCCACUCCCGAUGGCUACCGCGGGCCUCCACAGAGCUACCCGCCGGCGCCCCCCACCCCCAUACAGCAGCAUACUCCUUACGAGUCGCACGCCGGAUACCCCACCGAGUCGCUGUACAACUUCGCCUACUCGUCCAGCUUCCCGUCCAAGAAGAAGAACACGCGCGCUUCCCAGCCCACCAACUGCCAUGUCUCGCCCUGCCUUUCCCGUUCAAUGAUUACUAACAAACCUUCUUUGCUUCUCGGACAGGCGUGCGAUCAAUGCCGUCAGCUAAAGGCAAAAUGUGACGAGACGAAACCUUGCAAGACAUGCCGAGACAAGGGACUCGAGUGCAAAUACCGAGAUCCCGUACCCAAAGCUACGGACAAGGUCCAGGCCGAUAUCCUCGAUGGCAUCGCUGCCAUGCAGAGCUCUCUGACGAGCCUGAUUGGCCGCAUGGACGACAGACUGACCAAGAUGGAAUCUGCUGUCUUGUCGCUGUCGGCAUCGGCAGCACCCCUCAUCAAAAGGGAGGCAAUCCUCGACGCCGACAUGACGAGCCAAGACUCGCCGGCCGCCGUGCCCGGCAGCGCACGCGCCGAGACCUACGCCCCGCCCGACAUGGCGCCCCGUGCCUCGUCGGAGCAGCAGUGCCAGCAGCCCCUGCGCCUCAUGCCCGAGGACGAGAUGGAGGCCGAGCCGGGUCCACCUGUGCCCCCCGGAGAGCCUGCCAUCCCCAUAAACCACACCACCCUGGCCGCCCUGCUGCUCGAGUGGCCGUCGAUCCGCCACAUGACCAAGCACCUCAUCGAGCGCGAGGGCAUCCGCUACAUCAGCGAGUACCCCGUCAGUCAGGAGCAGAGCCGCGGCUCGCUCAUCGUGUACGGACGCGGCGAGGACUCGCACGCCUCCCGCUACAGCAGGGAGAUUGCCGACCACGGCCACGUCGACGCCUCGGACGACUCGUCAGAUAUGGCUUCUCCCUCCAUGGCUGCCGACUUCGGCAAGGUCGGCGGACUGAGCACCCCCGACUACGAGUACCGCGGCGGCGUGCUCGGUGCCGACGGCGGCCCCGACUUCUCCGAGCCGACCGUGUGGAAGUACGUGGCCAGCUUCCAGGAGCACAUCCUGAACAUGCACCCGAUCCUGCAGCCCAAGGUUCUGGAGGGCUGGGUACGGCACUUCCUAGACACGCUGUCGACGGUGCAGCCGCGGUCGUCCAAGGUGCCCAAGCCUACCUUUGCCGUGGCGCCCAACAACGCGUCGUCGUCGUCAUCGUCGUCGUCGUCGCAGAACCCAGCGGAUGGCUCCUCAGGCUUCAAGCGUAAGCGGUCCGUUGACCCGGGCGAGCCCGAUGGCCCCCCCACGCCUGCCGGCCCCUCCAGAUCCGGACGGCCAGACCGGUCCAUCCACAGCGCCCUCAUCCUGACCAUCUUGGCCCUCGGCAAGAUCUGCCUCCACCGCUCCCAGAUCCCGGACGUGGUGCACCCUACCGCCAGCGACCCGGCAGUCAUGGGCAUGGGCAGCCCCGUGGCGCGCAACGGCUUCCCCGCGUCUCCCGGCCACUCCUCCCCGCCGGCGUACUCGUCGUCCACGCCCCACUCGUCAGUCCAGCAAUCCCCUAGCGGCGGCGGCGGCGGCGGCGGCGGCGCGGGCAGGCGCUCCUCCAUCCACGGGGCUUCGGGGUCCAUGUCCCGCUCCGCGGGCGGCAUGUCCCUCAAGAAGAAUUACGAGGUCAUUCCGGGCCUCGAGUACUUUGCCUACGCCACAGACAUUCUCGGCAACAUGGGCGGCUCGUACAACAACAUGAAGGAUGUCUACGCCCACAUCUUCUCCUGCCUGUACUACGGACAGCUCAACAGGCCGCUCGAGAGCUUCGCCAGCAUCCACAGGGCCAGCCACAAGCUGCAGGUCAUCAUGCGCCCUAGCCUGGAUAAGCUCCGGAAACUCAAGAUGCGCAGCGAGUUCAUCCAGGACCCUAAGCAGAAUAGGCUGGCUCUGGCCUUUUGGACCUGCCUCCAGCUCGAAAGUGACUUGAUCGCGGAGCUGCCGCUGCCGCCGUCGGGCAUCCUGUCGUACGAGGACGACAUGCCGCACCCGAACAUGAGCCUGCUGGAAGGCUUCCCGCAGCGGGUGCUGGACAGCUACCCGGGCCAGCUGUACCUGCGCACGCACCUGAACAGCAUCCACCGGAUGUUCUACUCCCCCGAGGACCCGAGCAAGGCUGGAGCGGGACAGGACAAGUUCCAGAACGUGGAGCUGGUUGCGGACGCCGUGUCGGGCAUGCACUGGGUGGCGCCUAGCUUCGCCUUCAGGGAGGACGACCCGCCCGCGAACGACAUCCUGGCGGCGCGCCUGCGCGCCAAGUACUGGGGCGCCCAGGUCAUCACGUACCGCCCCUUCAUCCGCCAGAUCCUGCAGUUCACCCACGCCCUGCACCAGCACCCCUCCAGCCCCAACCCGCCCACCUGGUCCGAGUUCCGCGACGGCAUCAUCAGGCCCUCGAUCCAGCCCGGCGCCAAGUCAGUCAGCGACAUCGACCCGGGCGUGGUCGAGCUGGCCAGGAAGGGCAUCAAGGCCCUGGUCGAGAGCACCCGCGCCUUUCACAACCUCGGCGAGGACAGGCCCAUCAUCACCAACGUCUUUGGGACGGCCCAUGCCCAAUGGGGCAAUCUGCUCGUCCUGUCUGCCGCAUUUCGGGACCCCGUGCUCCGCGACUUCGUGCCUGAGGAGCUCCUCAAGAUGCUCUUCCACCGAACCAUCCAGUUCUUCCAGCAGUCGGCUACGGCCACGAGUGCGCUGCGAGUGGACAUGCACAUCCUCGAAGGGCUCCAGCAUGACCUCUUCCUCGUACCGGACCCGCGUACGACAUCGAGCUUCUCCAGCCACGCUAGCAAUAUGCAGACUCCGAUGUCUGCCAUGGCUCAACAGCAUCAUCAACAGCAACAGCAACAUCAUCAACAGCAGCAGCAGCAGCAGCAGCAACAGCAACACCACCACCAGCAACAGCAGCAGCAACACCUACAGCAGCAGCAGCAGCAGCAGCAGCAACAUCACCAGCAGCACGGUGUUAAUACUGAUUUAGGGACACCGACGAGCCAUGGACACAUGAGUUUCUCGCAGUGA